AUGGCCCGUACUUCGUUAGAAUCUGAGCGGCCGAUCAUGACUGGAUCGAACCGCAACUCAAAGCGCUUCUCCAGCUACAGCGGAGUCCCUUCCCUCGCCUCUACCGAUACCAGCAGCACUCUCCCCAGCGGCGACCGCAUGGCCGAAAUCAAAGAAUAUACUGACGGCCUGGAACGCCUCGAGAACAAACCCCUGAGCCAGCAGCGCUUCGUGCCUUCUGCCGAAAAGACGGAUGAUCUGAAUAAGCUCGCUCUCGGCGCCAAGGUUGAGCGCGCACUCGGAAGAAGAAUGACUGGACAAGAUGCUGUUAUGCGAAAGCCCGUUGUGACUGAUCUUGAUGAGAAGAAGGCUUUGGAGAACUAG